AACUCUGGAAGUUUUGGUGAGCUUGAAUGAAGGGCAAUCUUUCAUGUCCAGCACAUUAACAAUCACCGCUUCAGAGUGUUCCAGUGGAGUAGCAGCUCUCAUUGCUGUGCUUGUGCUUUUACUCUUGGCAGCACUUGGUCUGCUCUGGUGGUUCUGGCCCCUCUGCUGCAAAGUGGUCAUCAAAGAUCCCCCUCCACCUCCAUCAGCUCCAAAAGAGGAAGAAGAACUAGACCCCUUGCCUACCAAGAAAUGGCCCACAGUGGAUGCUUCCUACUAUGGUGGCCGAGGAGUUGGAGGAAUUAAAAGGAUGGAGGUUCGCUGGGGUGAUAAAGGAUCAACUGAAGAAGGGGCAAGAUUAGAAAAAGCAAAAAAUGCUGUGGUGAAACUCCCAGAAGAACCAGAAGAACCUUUCCACCCCAAACCACCUAAACCAAAGCCUACCUCACCAGCCAUUCAGGAGAAGUGGUACACACCAAUUAAGGGUCGCCUGGACGCGCUGUGGGCGCUGUUACGACGCCAGUAUGACAGAGUCUCUUUGAUGCGACCACAGCAGGGAGAUGAGACCAGCCCAAGAUGGGUGUGA